UAACCAAGGUUUUCUGAGUGACUGAAAGGCAAGUUUUAAAGAUACGCUAACCCUUUAAAAUUUGUCCUUUAGUGCCAAGUUGGAAGCUUUGCACAGCUGUAUCAUCUACAUGUUUUGAAGUUUGACACUGUGUCUCUAGCUGCCACCCUAAGCGGAGUCCCAGGGAAGAGUGAGCUCUUGGCCUCCUCAGUGCAGCUGCUGUCUGCUCACAGCUGGCUGUGGUCUCCCCAGCUAGCCCUGAGUCCAGAUGCUGUCCACCUCCAACUCCCACCUUCCCCCAAGGCAGAAGAGGGCGGCUGCUGGGCUGGAGGUUUAGCUCAGCGGCAUAAGCGCCUGCCUUGCACGCAGGCAUCGUGAGUUCGAUCCCUGGUACCGAUAAAAACGGAAAAAGACAAAAAAAAAAAAAGAGGGAGGCUGCAGUGCAUCGGGAGCAAGACGCCCCGUCGGUGUUUGCCAGCGUGGCAGUGCAUCGGUCCAUUAACUUUUUUUUCACAGAACUUCAGGGUUAUGUUUAUUGCAACACCACUGAAACGUGUGUAUAGAACACUGCUUGUUUCUGUAAAAGGUGGUACUUCCUGUGAACUGGUUAGGUAGCUGAAGCAGUUGUUGAUCAUGAUGUUGUCUGCACUACAGUGGCAGUGAGCUCGUGCAGGAAGUCCUGUGUCCUGCAAAGCACUGGAUGCCACCUGGCCUUGGCUGGAACUGAAACACUUUUGAAGUCUGUUUUCUGUGUAUUGUAACACUUGGAGCUGAUGCAAUGUAUUUUAAGCAUCUCGGGUUAGAAGAUAGAAAUGCAGUUUUUGUUUGUUUUUUAAGACUGACUGAAAUAUGCUGGCAUGAUGCCUGAUGCAGGAGGGUCUGUUGCCAGUCACCAGUCGCAGACCAGCCUGAGUUACAUAAUGAGACCUGAUCAUAAAAAAAAAAAAAAAAAAAAACCCUGACUGAUGUGCUUUGAAAUCUUUUCUUUUUCUCCUUGAAAUAAAAUGAAUUUAUAAAACAAAACAAAAGACUGAUUCAAAUAAAAAGGUCAGGCUGGGGAUGUAGAUCAGUGGUAAUGUUUACCUAACAUGCACAAUGUCCUGAGUUCAAUCCCCAGUACUACCAAAAAAAAUGUUUAGACAUUAGGACUCAGAGACUGAGAAAUGCUACCUUAGCUGGGUGUGGUGGCUCACAUCUAUAAUCCAGCACUUGGGAGGCUGAGGCAGGAGGACUGUCAUGAGUUCAAGACCAGCCUAGGCUACAAAGUGAGCUCAAGGCCAACUUCAACUGCAUAGAGAGACCCUGUCUCAAAAAGACAAAAAAAAAAAAAAAAAAAAAAAUGUUAUCUUGGAGGUUAACACUGAACCCCUAGGCUGGGCAUGGAAUUAAUGCUUGUAAUUGUAUUAAUGUCUGUAAUCCCAGCACACUGGGAGGCUGAGGCAGGAUAAUCACAAAUUCAAACUUGGCCUGGGCAAAUUGGUAAAACCCUAUCUCAGGAAAGGUCUGGGUAGUUAGGCAUGGUAGUACACUCCUGUAAUCGCAGCACUCCCAGAGGCUGAGGCAAGAGGAUCUUCAUGAGUUUGAGGCCAACCUGGGCUAGUUAGUUCAAAGCUACCCUCAACUACCUAGUAAGAUCUUGUCUCAAACAAACAAACCUAUCAGGACUAGCUCUGUCAACUGUGCUGUGGGACUAAGUCACUUUAAUCUGAAUGUCAGCUGUCCUCACCUGAGGCAGCAGAUCACAUUGCUGUGAGUGCUGCAGUGAGAAUAAAGUCAGACAGGACACAGAUAGGCCAUCUCAGUGCCUGCCACAGUCAGUGCAUGUGGAUGUCGGGAGCAGAAGAAUGAUGUGAACAGCAUAAUAGUCUUCAGGGGGUUUGUUUAUUUAUUUUUGGUACCUGGAAUUGAACUCACAACCUUGCGCUUGCUGGGCAGGUGCUGUGCCACUAAGCUCCAUCCUUGGCCCUUCGGGUGGGUUUAAAUGGCUUUUCUUUCCCUCUGUGGGUACUGAAUUAAAGAGUCUGAGGGUUCAAACAGUAUCUUGAACAGGUUUUGGAUAGCUUUUUUUUAAAUUGAUUUUUUAUGGGUAACUUUAAAUGCAUGUAUUAGGUAGAAGUUGGCAGAAACCAGGAGGACAGUCAGUGGUGGGCUUUAAACUGAGCGAGAAUCACAUGCUGGGGCUUGCUGUCAGCCAGACUGGGCAGAACUCUGUUGAAACAGGUGUUGCUGUAGAUAUUUUAUAAUAGCAACAGUUAUCAGUUAGAUACAAGACAAACAUUUCCCCAGCCAACUUGUUAGUAUAUUCGGAUGGCUGUAAAGAAAUUUAUCCAAUAUUUAGCCCCCAAGAAGCAAGAACUGAAAAACUGGAGCCCAAACAAUGAAUGUAGAUCUCUUCCUAAGUAGUGGAUUCUACCAUUAAGCACUCGUGAAAAAGUUUGGUAAACCACUGAAGUUUUGGCUUUUUUGUUUGUUUUGCCUUGUUUUGUGUUUUGGUACUGGGGAAUGAACUGAGUAUCUUUACACUGAGCUAUAUCCCCAUCCCUUUUUAAUGUUGAUGAUAAUGAGACAGGGUUUUGUUAAUUUGCUCAAACUGACCCUGAACUGGUGAUCCCCCUGCCUCAGCCUCCCAGAGAACUGGAAUUAUAGGUAUGCUAAGCUACUGAGUGUUUGAGGGAAAAGCAAAAGUUUCCUGUUAGCUGGUCAUAGGUGCUGUGGCAGUUCUAAUAUGAAAUACCUACGCAUGGCCCAGAAUUGGCCUGCCAGUGUUUUGUGGGGUUAAUGAUUAGCCCAGCAUGUGUCUGAGCUACUUAUUUCCAUGAGGCUGCCAGUAGUUCACCUGCAGAGGGGUACAGAAAGCACCAUGUCCCCUUUGCUCCUUUGGGCUGGGCUGGUGGCUGUGAAUCUAGUGACAACUGGUAGGAGCCAGAAGACAGAGCCAACUGCCUCUGGGGAACCGCUGCAUGAGGCUGAACGCCAUGACUUCGCCAUCUUGAUCCUUCCAGGGAGCAUAGAAUGCUUUUGGCAAUUUGCCCACCAGAAUGGCUACUUCUACUUCAGCUAUGAGGUUCAGCGGAUACUUGGGAUGUCGCAGGACCGGCACAUUGCUGCCACAGUGCAUACCCCAAAGGGAUCCCUCAUAGACACCUCCUGGGAUGUUCGGGGCCAGAUUAACUUCUCUACCCAAGAGACAGGUUACUACCAGCUUUGUCUAAAAAACCAGCAAAAUCGCUUUAGUUCUGUACAAGUCUACCUCAACUUUGGAGUCUUCUAUGAGGGGCCUGAGAUAAACCACAAACAGAAUCAAAGGAAACACCUGAAUGAUACCCUAGAUGCAAUUGAGGUGAGUACACAAAGGAUGCAAAGUAAUGUCUUUCAUAUAUGGCGGUUUUACAACUUUGCUCGGAUGAGAAAGAUGGCAGACUUUUUCCUUCUUCAAUCAAACUAUAACUAUGUGAACUGGUGGUCCAUAGCCCAGAGCCUUGUUAUUGUGCUAUCUGGUAUCUUGCAGCUGUAUUUUGUGAAACGUCUCUUCAAUGUUCCAACAAUAAGCCACACAAAAACACCAAGAUGCUAAGCUGACAAUAGCAUCUGGGCUUUUCUGCUGAGGUAGAGCCUUGUCAAAGCGGUACUGAACUCUCCUUUGCAAAAUCAGAAAGAAUUAAGUUUAAUAUUUGAGGCUACUGUGCUUUUCAAAAACAGUAAAAUGGCAAUAAAAGUCAUACUAAUGUAAA